AUGUCGAGCAUUCCAUCAUGGAGUGAAAUCAACAAAAAUACUAAACUGAUUUCCAUGAUGGAUGAUGAAACUCUAAACAUGAUGAUACGGAAAAGUAGAUUUGAAAUUGAAACUAGAGAAUCAUUUCAAGAUGCAAAAAAGAAUUACGAAGAAAUUGAAGAAAAACUAAAGCCAUUAUUUGAAAAAGUUGAUUCAAAAACGAUUGAAAUUGAAGAACAGAUAUAUGAUUUAUCAAAAACCUUUCAGAGAAAUCAGAAUUACGAAGUUGAUGUUUUUUCAUAUGGAUAUUUUCCAAGUGAAACACUUAAACAGAUUUUCAUGGAUGCAGUUAACUUAACAAAUACUCUUACAAGUGAAUUUGACAAAGAUGAUUGCAUAUAUGUCGCAGAUCUGUUCUCAGGCGGGUCUAAUGCAGCCGAAAGGAGAAUAAAUAAGCUUCUUCCGUUUUAUAAUGAGCUGCUAGAGAAUACAAACAAAAAAGUAAAAGCUUUAACAAGAAAAACCUUGCAACAAAGAAAGGAAAAGCCAGAUACACAUAUUUCUUCAUCAAAAUACAGAUCAAUACAGUCAUUAAAGAGUGAAAUCAAUUCAAUUAAAAAAGAAUCAGAAAAACUUGGUUCGAUUUCCGCUGAAUACAAAGCUUUAGAAGAAGAUUUUGACCGUUUACAAGAAGAACGCGAAGAUCUUGAAUACUUUUUGAAUCAAAACAUUGAUUCUCCAAUAGUUAUCAGAUCUCCAAGAGGAGGAAGCUCCAGAGAGUUCGAUUUAAGUCCAACCUCACCAAGAGAUGGAGAUACAGAUCUAAAUUUCACGUUUUCUGAAGCUGAUUUCACUCCUGAACACGUAAAAGAAUUAAAAGCUUUGAAAUCUCAAAUUCAACAGAUAAAAGACAACAACAAAGAGAUACAACAAAAUGUACAAGAGGCACAGUCCGAAAUGGAGAAAGCUGCAAAAGAAAUUGAGGAUUAUGAUUCUCGAAUCAAAAGAAUAAGCAGUACUAUGGGCCCUCUUAAAGAUAAAUAUUAUCUUAUGAAGAAUGCUUACAUUUCGCUUGAUAGUUUUGAAGAAAUGGUUAAAAAUUACUUUGAACAGAAAAAGCAAGCGACAAACAUUACUAAUGAGCAUACAGAGUUCAUGAAUAAGAGAGUGUCUGAUCUCCAAGCUAAGCUUGAUGAUAUUACGAAUCAAGCAGCAAUAUUAAAUGAAAAAUUAAUCGAAUUAGAAAAUAAAAAUGUUUGA